CUAACAUAUCAACAGAUUGCAUUUUGUUUGAUAAUUUCCGUUUCUCCAUAUUUAGGGUGCAAGAUCAAGGCUUUGAGGGCUAAAACAAAUACUUACAUCAAGACUCCAGUUCGCGGAGAGGAACCGGUGUUUGUAGUUACCGGUCGCAAAGAAGACGUUAACAAGGCAAAACGGGAAAUACUUUCUGCAGCAGAUCACUUUAGCUUGAUACGAGCAUCUCGAAAACCUUCGAUUGAGGGUCACAAUAACGGAUUGACAGGAAAUAUGAACGAUUCCGGUUCAUCGGGUGGCAAUGCAGGCACUGUGUCGCGUAUGCAGUCUGGGCCCCCAUGUUUGCCCGGUCAGGUUACCAUACAGGUACGUGUACCUUAUCGGGUUGUGGGUCUAGUGGUUGGACCCAAAGGUGCCACAAUUAAACAUAUCCAGCAGGAGACACAAACAUACAUUGUCACACCAUCGCGCGAGAAGGAACCAAUUUUUGAGGUGACUGGUUUGCCAGACAACGUAGACACGGCAAGAAAGCAAAUUGAAGCACACAUUGCUCUUCGAACUGGUUCCGGACGAUUUCUGAACGAUGAUCUGAACUCGGAUAUACUGUCAUCCAUCUACAAAAGUGUUAUCUCGCCUGCUCUGGACUAUGGAGAUAAUACACUAAAGAUGGUCGGUGGUACUGUGGAUAGUCUCAACAUGAAUAAUGUGAAACUAAUGCCAGAUCAUCAUAUAAGAAAUAGCUAUCAGAAGUCGGAAUUAGUUGACAUUGACAUGCCACCGAUUGUAUUGGCCACAGCAUCAUCGGAUAAUAAUUUUUCAGCCAGUGAAGCACAAAUGCUACCAGCAAAAGUUACUAAUGUAUACCGUAUUACGAACAAAACAUUGUCAUUCUGUCCACCAACAUCUGCAUCUAUGAAUUCUAACUCUGGUUCGAAUAUACUAACCCGAUCAUGUUCGUCAGCGUCCUCAACCGCUUCGACAAAGAGCACAAACAAUAGCGCCAACACACCUCCAGAACUAUUGAAUAUAUGGAAAAAUAUAAGCGAUUCGAUUGAUGUGGAUGAAGGCAUUGGGGACUCGCCGAGCAUUUGGAAUCUUCCAGCGAACACUAUACCCACCGCCCAUUGCUCACCCACAACCUCCAUAAGUCCAACGGACUCUCUUUUGGGUCUGGGCGAACACUCUGUGAACAGAAAAAUUUCUCGUCACAUGAAGGAAUCAUCAUGUACCAGUCAGCAAAGAGCACCGUUGGUUCAAUUCCAACCCAAUUCCAGCGCCGACAAAUUAUCCAUUCAACGCGAAUGCUUUGUGUGCAACGAAAAUGAAGUAACCACAGCGUUGGUUCCAUGCGGCCACAAUAUGUUCUGCAUGGAUUGCGCCAAUCAGAUCUGCGUUUCCAUAGAAGCAGCAUGUCCGAUUUGCAACUCAAUUGUUUAUCACGCGAUGCGCAUUUUGGGCUAAAUGCACACGUUUUUUAAUAAACAUGGUUUCUGUUUGAUCAUUAAGCGAUUUGAGGUACAAUCCAAGUUAAUUCCUAAAAUUAUUCGAAUAUUUUUUAGAUUUGUUGAUUAUUGAUUUAACUUAAACGAAAUCAUUCAAAGUAAUAAUCGUCCCUUUUUGACAUAUGUAUUUGUUAUGAUUUUUACCAGAAGCUUGCAACGCACAGACCUCAUCUGCUGAGUCGAUAUAAAGCGAUUAUUUUGUUUUUUCUUAAUAUUGUAUUUUCUGCAUACAUUUGUAUCAAACAUACAUGUGUAACUACAGAACCUUAAUCAUCAGAACUAUCUGAUGCAAUGCCGAAAUUUGUUUUCUAAAUUGACAGUAUCCUUUUUAAUACAUCUGCGUUGCUAGCACUUACACAAAAAAUAUUUUAUUUAAAUUUUUUCGUUUUCUAUCACUUAGAAUGUCAGAUUGCUUUUUCGUCCCUUUCAAUUCUGCACAGCGGUUUUGUUGAAUGAACGGUAAAGUGGUACCAGUAUGUUGUUGAAAAACCUCUUUUAUUCUCUUUAAAAAAAAAUGAUAAGGUCCUAUUUUUGUAUUGCAUUUUGUAUGUUUUAAAAAGAAUACGUUUCAAACAUUUUUUUUUAACAAUAUAAAAAAUAGAUUUUGAUGGUUAUCAUAUUCUAGUAACAUUUUUAAACGACAUAUACAUAAAUACAUACAUACAUACAUAUGUAGGACACAAAUAUAAAGCGAUAAUGGCAAUUCUCGCACUAAAGAAAGAAAAAUUUAUAAAAAAUAAAAUUUCAAAAUUAAAUUGGGUCUAAACCCUGAAUGUACGACACUAGUUUACAGAAAAGAAGUAAUACAAAAUAAUUUGACUGAUAAAUAGGCAUAAAUAUUAAGACCAGCACAUAUGCAAACAUAGAUAAUGUCAGACACAAAUAUCAUAUACAAAUUAUAUUUAUUUAUAAAUAUGAUGUAAUAAUAUGUAUGAGCAACAUGAGACAACUACCUAUAUAAAGCUUACGAUUAAUGUGAAUAAAAAGACUUAUAUAUUUAUAGUCAAUCAUAUUUAAUAUUGAUAAUACAGUGUCUAUUGCGCAGUAUAUUAGAGAAGUUACAUUAGAUACAUUUUCUGACUCCUGUUCUGUUUCAAAACUACACUUUUGUUAUACAUACAUGAAGUAUGAACAUUUUAAGAUUACCCAAGAUUGUAGGAAUACAUAUAUCUAGUCCACAUUAUCUUACUAGAGGCUGUUUUCUCCAAGUUAUUAUAUUUGAUUUUAGAAAAAUUUGAAAGGUCAAAGAUACAAACGAGUGAGACUAAAUAAAAAUUAUUGAACGCGCAAAAAAUACAUUUAGCAUUAUUACAAAUACA